GUUUUCCGUUUUCGCGUUUACCAUACAAAAUCUCUCUUCGAUAGUCUCGCUAGUUAUGAUUUCCACUUUCUGCCAUAGAAUUCGUAAAAGAACCUUCUACAACUACCGUUACGGCAUUCUUUCUCCACCGUGACAUACACUCUCUCUUUCUAAUCGUAAAUCUAAUCCUCGUCGAAGGUCUUGUUUAGGUUCUUUUCAAUUCCGUUGAUGGCGCCGCCUCCGGUGGAACAGAACGGCGAGACAACAAACGGAGAUUCACAGAGAUCUAUUCCAACACCGUUUUUAAAUAAGACGUAUCAGCUCGUAGAUGAUCAGGACAUAGAUGAUGUGAUUUCGUGGAACGACGACGGAUCUAGCUUCAUCGUGUUGAAUCCUACCGUUUUUGCUAGAGAUUUGCUCCCCAAAUUCUUUAAGCACAACAAUUUCUCCAGCUUUGUUCGCCAAUUGAACACCUAUGGAUUUAGAAAAGUUGUGCCUGAUCGAUGGGAAUUCGCGAACGACUGUUUCAGGAGAGGCGAGAAACGGUUACUUUGUGAAAUACAAAGGCGUAAGAUUUCAAUUCUGGCAUCCACAGCAGCGAAUGCAGCAACGGUUGUGGCGCCGGUUCUAACAGAGAGACCUAUAAUUUCUCCCUCAACUUCUGCAGAAGAACAAGUUAUAUCGUCGAACUCGUCACCAUUAGUAGCAACUCUGGUUAGCGGUCCAGCGGCAGAUCUUGUGGACGAAAAUGAGAGAUUGAGAAAAGAAAACGUGCAGCUCACAAAGGAACUGACGGACAUGAAGAAUCUCUGCAACAAUAUAUUUAGUUUAAUGUCGAACUACGCGAGUUCGCAAUCGGAGAGAGGUGGUGCUGAGACUCUAAAACCGUUAGAUUUGUUGCCUGAUAAAAGGCUCGAAGUGGAAGGAACAAGUGCCGUUUCAGACGAUUCCACCAAGUUAUUCGGCGUGCCAAUCGGUGUGAAAAGAGCGAGGGAAGACGAGUCUGCCGCUGCUGAGACGGCGUCAGAUGACAUGCAGUUGCAGCUGCAGCAGCCCGGGACAGAGGUGAAAUCAGAGCCGUUGGAUUGUGAGGAGGAUGAUGAUAAUGACUGAGACGGUGCCACCAACCCAAUCAGAGGGUGUGUAAUUGAUGGUAGGUGAACCACUGGAUUUUAGGGAGUUUAGUUCCGCGUACUCGCAAUCCUUCCAGGAACGUCUUCAAGAAGUUUCUGAUGCCUUCCCAGAUAAGGACCUUUUUUUUGGGUAGUAUUUUGGGUGUGGAAUCUAGAAGUUGAUUCGUGAAUAUGGGCUGGACCGCUAGAGUACCCAUUGCUGUUGCCUUUUAAGUUUGUAUCUCUGUAGACUGUAGUUUGCAACUUUGCAUAACGUUUUCAAGUUUCAA